UUCUUUCUCUCUCCUCUCAUAUGUUAUUGUCCUGUCUAUUUCGAAAAACCCUUCUUUCUUUCUCUUCUACUGUGUUCGCUCGAUUUCGCCAUGGAAGACGACCAGAGGGUCAAGGAACUUGUCAAAGAGCUAAUAAAGAGACUGCUCACCACCCGCGCUCAGUCAUCUUCUUCGCAGAUUCCCUCCAACUCAACUCCUAGUAAUUUUGGCGCCGCUACAGGCAAUGUUCAGAUCCAAACUAUUCAACAAGCUCACAAGUAUGCUAUUCGCAUUCUCUACAGUAGGAUUACGCCAUCAAUCUCCGCCGACGAGGCAUCCAUGGCCGAAUCUAUCAAACGCCAUCUCGCAACCCAAGGUAAAUCAUCCGAUGCCCUAAGUUUUGCCGAUCUCUACUCUAAAUUCUCCUCAAAAUCCGGCCCCGGGAGUAUAAACAACAAGUGGGCUGUGCUGUAUAUGCUCAAAGUUAUUUCCGAGGAUCGUAAAAACAAGAAUGGUCGUGCCAGUUCUUCCAUUUCCUUCGGUUCGGCGGUGUCUGGUGGCCUACCAUCCUUAUUAAAUUCUGAAAGAAAUGACGAUUCACGAUCACUCAGUGUCGUGGAUAACACCAGUUCCAGGGUUCCGCGGAGUAUUGGUAAGAGUAAGGAUGGUGGUGUAUUACUGGUUGCUAAAGAUCCUGAAAAUAUCCGUGAUUUGGCUUACAGGGAGUUUUCGAUUUUUGUAAAAGAAGUUAAUGAGAUUUCUGAAGAGGUUUUGGUUAGAGAUAUAUUAUAUGCUUGUCAAGGAAUUGACGGGAAGGUUGUGAAAUAUGAUAAGGAUCUUGAUGGUUAUGUGUUGCCAGAUAACAUCAGGCUACCAAGGGCCAAGAAGACGAUGGUUUUGAAACUUUGUGAACUUGGAUGGUUGUUUAGGAAAGUCAGGGGAUAUAUUUCAGAAAGCAUGGAUAAAUUUCCAGCAGAAGAUGUUGGGACUGUAGGGCAAGCCUUUUGUGCAGCAUUGCAGGAUGAGCUCUCAGAGUACUAUAAGUUGUUAGCUAUCCUCGAAGAACAAGCAAUGAAUCCUCUUCCACUAGUUUCUGAAACUGCAACCUCGGGAAACUAUAUUUCCUUGAGGAGAUUGUCAGUUUGGCUGGCUGAACCGAUGGUCAAAAUGCGUCUAAUGGCUCUUCUUGUUGAUGGUUGUAAGGUUUUAAGGGGUGGAGCAAUGGUUGGGUCCAUUCAUUUGCAAGCACAACAUGGUGAUCCUACUGUGCAUGACUUCCUGAGGAGAUUACUUCGUAGAGUCAGUUCUCCUCUUUUUGAAAUGGUUAGAACUUGGGUUUUGGAAGGAGAACUUGAAGAUAUUUUCUCUGAAUUCUUCAUUUUAGGUCAAUCUGUGAAGGCUGAGUCGCUAUGGAGGGAAGGCUACCGUCUUCAUUCUGGAAUGCUUCCUUCUUUCAUAUCACAAACACUAGCGCAACGCAUUUUGAGAACAGGGAAGUCCAUAAACUUCCUUAGAGUUUGCUGUGAAGAUCGUGGUUGGGCCGAUGCAGCAACAGAAGCUGCUGCUGCUGCUGGUACGACGACUACAAGAGGUGGUCUCGGAUAUGGUGAAACAGAUGCACUUGAAUCUUUGGUUGCUGAAGCAGCAAAGAGAAUUGAUAAACAUUUAAUGGAGGUAAUUUACAAGCGGUACAAGUUCAAAGACCAUUGCCUCGCAAUAAAGAGGUAUUUACUACUUGGGCAGGGUGAUUUCGUGCAGUAUCUCAUGGACAUUGUGGGACCGGAAUUAUCUGAGCCUGCUAACACUAUUAGCUCAUUCAAACUUGCCGGAUUGCUGGAAACUGCAAUUAGGUCUUCUAAUGCUCAGUAUGAUGAUUCUGAUAUACUCGAUAGGUUGAAAGUUAAAAUGAUGCCUCAUAACAGUGGAGACAGAGGAUGGGAUGUUUUUUCACUGGAAUAUGACACGAGAAUUCCACUCAAUACUGUUUUUACAGAGUCUGUCAUGGAAAGAUACUUAAGAAUAUUCAAUUUUUUAUGGAAGCUUAGACGUGUGGAGCAUGCACUUAUAGGGACCUGGAAGAUGAUGAAACCAAAUUCUACCAGUGCUCAUUUUAAACUGCAGCAAUCUGUCAGAGCGCAAUUAUUACUGACAUCAAGAAAAUGUCAGGUUUUGUGGGAUGAAAUGAACCAUUUCGUUACAAAUUUGCAGUAUUAUAUCAUGUUUGAGGUCUUGGAAGUAUCGUGGUCUCAAUUCACAGAUGAAAUGGAAGCAGCUAAAGAUCUUGAUGACCUACUUGCAGCACAUGAUAAAUAUCUUCAUUCCAUUGUGGAGAAGUCUCUACUUGGAGAUCGAUCUCAAGCUCUUUAUAAUACGCUCUUUGUUUUAUUUGAUCUUGUUUUGCGGUUUAGGAGCCAUGCGGAUCGCUUAUACGAGGCUAUUCAUGAGUACCAAGCAAGAACCAUGGAGUCCUCUCGAGACAAGAAUAAAACUUCAAAACCUGGAUCUUGGAUAAGUGAAGGGCGGAAGGCUUUGACCCAGCGCGCAAUAGAAUUCUUAAAGAAAGCAGAGCACGACAUAGACAUAAUUGGCAAGGAGUACUCUUUGCUUCUUAAUGAGUUCAUCUCACAGUUGCCUUUACAGCAACAUAUUGACCUAAAGUUUCUUCUUUUCCGGUUUGAUUUCACUGAGUUUUACAGUCGGAUACGCCCUGAAAAUAGUUAAAAUUCAACUUCAACUGAGAUUUUUAUGACUGUUAGUUAACUCUAUUGGACAUAGAACCUGAUGGGGUGGACCUUGCGCCAGCAAUCAUUUAUUGAUUUCUUAUAGGAUGUAGCAGUCAGUCUGUUUUCUUCGGAUGGUGUGUUAGAAGAGGGUUUUAGAUUUGAUUGAAUGUGGUUAGGUCAGCAUGCUUAUAUAAGUAUCUACACGAUAUGUAUUCUGUUUGAUCAUCCAAUGAUGAAAGUCCUAUUGCUUUUCAUUUAUUUUCCCCAUUUGGUUGUCUUGAGCCUGUAUAUGUAUCAUCAAUUGUUCAUUACUAUUCUGGAAUCUUUAUUGAGAUGUGUGGAAGGGUUACCACCACCCCCUGGGAAUAGAGCCAAAUACAUGGUUUAUUUGAUGUACUUUUUUUCCAGGCAGACACAUUUUUCUCUAGUCCCCCUGAUCAAUAAGAGUUGUCUGGCCCAUACAAAAAGGAUUCUGAUUAUGUGGUAACUAUUCAAUUUCAUUUGAA